AUGUCCGGUCAAGAUUGCUCAAAGUUUACUGAUUUCCUGUCAUAUGUCGGGGAGUUUGGAGCUUAUCAGAAGCGACUGCUGAUGGUCAUGUUGCUGGCCGCCUUUCUGUAUGGAUUCACUUACUUUGGCCAAAUAUUCAUGAUACUCGUACCAGACAACCACUGGUGCCGCGUUCCGGAGUUGGAGCCGUUGCCCAAUGAGCAGCAGCUUGCGCUGGGAAUCCCCAAGACCAAGGAGGGAAAGUUCCAGAGGUGUGAAAGGUACGAUGUUGCUUUUGACAAACUAAACGUAUCAAAGGCAAACGAGAGCUGGCCCCGAAAGCCCUGCGACAAGGGCUGGAUCUACGACAAGGAACAGGUUCCCUACGAGACCAUUGCUACUGAGGGCAACUGGGUGUGCGGUGACGAGGAGCUGCCCACCUACACAUCCACCAUAUACUUCUUGGGCUCAGUUUUGGGCUGCUUUUGUUUCGGCUACAUCUCGGAUCAUUGCGGCCGCGUUUGGUCCCUAUUUCUGGCCAAUUCCUGCGCCCUGGUCGGCGGUUGCCUCAGUCCCUUGUUUAAAGACUUUGGCCUUUUUUCUGCCACCCGAUUUCUGGUGGGCAUGGCCCUUGAUAACUGCUUUACUCCUAUCUAUAUAUUAACCAUAGAGAACGUAGGCACAAAGUACCGUGCUCUUAUAGGAAACUUGGCCAUGGCCGUAGGGUUUUCUCUGGCAAUAGCGGUUCUCCCAUGGAUAGCCUAUUUUCUAAGGGAUUGGCGACAUUUUGCCUUAGCCAUGGCUGUGCCUGUGUCUGUUUUGGUGGCGAUGUGCUUCCUGAUACCCGAGUCGCCCAGUUGGCUUAUAUCGGUGGGCAGGAUCGAAAGAGGUAUAAAAGGCUUGAAAAAGGUGGCGAAAGUCAAUCGGAAAACUAUGUCUGAUGCAGAGUGGCUGGAGAUGCAGGUGUGCUUCGAGUUAAUUAACGCCGAGCACCAAUCUGCGAAAACGUACAAUUUUCUGGAUCUCUUCAAGAGUUUUCGCAGGGCUGCCAUUAUUUUGAUGCUAAUCGCGAAUUGGGCGGUGGUGUGUCUGGUUUAUGAUGCCCAUGUAAGGAUCAUUAGCUCUCUGGGCACUGACCUUUUCAUCACUUUUUCGGUGGCCUCUCUGAUUGAGAUUCCGGCUGGAAUAGUGCCAAUGUUUCUGGUGGAUCGAGUCGGUCGGAAGCCCCUCAACAUUUCAGCGUUGCUGUUCUGUGGCCUCUUCAGUUUUUCGGCGGGCAUUCUGCGCAAAAAGUUGUGGAUCGCUGUAGCUGCGAUCAUCGCCAGAUUCUUUGCCACCGUUGCUUACAAUGUGGCUCAGCAGUGGGAUGUCGAAAUCCUGCCCACCGUGGUUCGCGGCCAGGGCUGGGGUGUUAUUAACAUCCUGGGUCAUGCAGCAGCUCUACUUUCUCCGUUUGUUAUCUACACGAAGCAUUAUUACCACUCACUGCCCAUGUUUAUCAUCACAUUGAUUUCAGUCAUCGGAGCAAUUGUAGUUGUAUGCUUGCCGGAAACGAAGGGCACGUAUCUUCCACAAACGCUGGAGGAAGCGGAGAAACGGUGGACCCUUCGCUGCAGGAAUCGUAAAGUAAAGGAAACGCAGUAA